AAGUAGCAUUCUGCAAAAACCGGAAAAAAUAGAGAAUAGAGUCAUAGACGUUGUCCUGAUUCCGGCUUCAGUAAGAAGUAAACAGUGCUACUUAUUUACUAAAUAUGGCUAAACAUCAUCCAGAUUUGAUUUUCUGCAGAAAACAACCAGGAGUUGCUAUUGGAAGAUUGUGCGAAAAAUGCGAUGGAAAAUGUGUCAUCUGCGAUUCUUACGUUAGACCUUGUACUCUCGUACGAAUAUGCGACGAAUGCAACUACGGCUCUUAUCAAGGGAGGUGUGUCAUCUGCGGAGGACCCGGCGUUUCGGACGCCUACUAUUGCAAGGAAUGCACUGUACAAGAAAAGGAUAGAGAUGGCUGCCCAAAGAUUGUCAACUUAGGAAGCUCAAAAACAGACUUGUUCUAUGAACGGAAGAAAUACGGUUUCAAAAAAAGAUAGUUAUGGUGUCAUGUAUACAUAUUAUAUAUGUAUGCAUGAUUUAUUUUUUUAGUUUUAUAAGUAUCAACUUAUUUUAAGUAAACAUGGUAAUGUAAUAUUUCUGACAAAUUUAUCUAAAUUCUUCACAAGUUUUUGUAAGUCUUAUGUUUUUCAUUCAAUGUAAUUUUAAAUGUACCUCUCUUCAUUUCAUAUAAUAAAUUAGUUCAUAAAUUA